UCGUAAACUGCAAAUGAUAAGAGCGACGCCCCGACCGACGCGCGACGCCCGCAGAGUAAGUCGAGACAAACGGUGUGGCGUGUGCGAAAACUAGACAGAGUUCGGAGCGAGCGAGCGAGACAGCCGACAGCGGACAGGGACCGAAUAUGCAGGGGAGUGUAUGGGCCAUCUCUCUCCGUGGGCGCUCCGGUCCGGGGGACGACCCCCGUGCACCGGCCCCGCGCUCCUUGCGCCGCACGGCGAGCCAGGGUUGAGGACUGAGCCUGUAAGCGUGUCGCGGCGCCGUCAGGACACGGAGCACUGUUCGGGGGGGGGAGGGUGGGGAGGUUCAGGGGAGCGCGAGCCCAGGCCCCGCUGCCGACGGCCGCGUAGGCUCCUAGCCGCCGCCAUGAGAGUAGGGACGCGCCCCCCCCCC